AUCAAGUAUUGAAGUGUGUCUUUCUUUUUAAAGCAGCACGUGUAGACGCGCUUAUCUUCUUUUAAACAUUGUGUGAAAUUAAUAGUUUAUCUUUAAAAGAAAAAUGCCGUCAGAUGCGAAAAAACGAGCACAGCAAAAGAAAAAAGAGCAGGCGACCAACAGAAAUAAAAAACCUAUUGCGAAAGUAACAACAGCUGAACAGAAUGGAUCUUCAACGAACGGUAAAGAGGAACGUGAGCUCACGGCUGAAGAGGCAUUAUGUCUUAAGCUGGAAGCUGAGGCAAAUAUGAAUUCUGAGGCCAGGUCAUGUACUGGCUCACUUGCUGUCCAUCCUCGGUCUAGGGAUGUUAAGAUAGCUAAUUUCUCAAUCACCUUUUAUGGUAGUGAAUUACUGCAGGACACAUUACUAGAGUUGAACUGUGGUAGAAGAUAUGGCCUAGUUGGACUAAAUGGAUGUGGAAAAUCCUCUCUUUUGGCUGCGCUGGGUCGGCGUGAAGUUCCAAUUCCGGAGCACAUUGAUAUCUUCCAUUUGACACGGGAAAUGCCAGCUUCUGAUAAGUCUGCUCUGCAGUGUGUAAUGGAAGUUGAUGAGGAACGUAUUAAAUUGGAAAAACUCGCAGAAGAGCUUGCCCAUUGCGAAGAUGAUGAAUCCCAAGAACAACUAUUGGAUGUCUACGAUCGUCUUGAUGAGUUGAAUGCUGACACCGCAGAGGCACGUGCUGCUAACAUUCUUCAUGGUCUAGGUUUCACUAAAGAAAUGCAACAGAAAGCUACAAAGGAUUUUUCUGGUGGUUGGCGUAUGCGCAUAGCAUUGGCGCGCGCGCUUUAUGUCAAGCCACAUCUCUUGUUACUUGAUGAACCAACCAAUCAUUUAGAUCUGGAUGCUUGUGUGUGGCUUGAAGAAGAGCUAAAACAUUAUAAACGUAUCCUGGUACUGAUUUCACAUUCACAAGACUUCUUGAAUGGUGUAUGUACAAAUAUAAUUCAUAUGAGCAAACGAAGACUUAAAUACUAUACUGGCAAUUAUGAAGCCUUUGUAAGGACAAGGCUUGAGUUGCUUGAAAACCAAAUGAAACAAUACAAUUGGGAACAAGAUCAAAUUGCCCAUAUGAAGAAUUACAUUGCCCGGUUUGGUCACGGCUCAGCUAAGCUGGCACGUCAAGCUCAAUCUAAGGAGAAAACGCUAGCAAAAAUGGUUGCCCAAGGUCUAACCGAGAAAGUGGUUGAUGACAAAACCCUUAACUUCUACUUCCCUUCCUGUGGAAAGGUGCCCCCACCUGUCAUUAUGGUUCAGAAUGUAUCAUUCCGUUAUGACGAUGAUGGUCCUUGGAUCUACAAGAAUUUGGAAUUUGGUAUUGAUCUUGACACAAGGCUGGCUUUGGUGGGUCCCAAUGGAGCUGGUAAAUCCACACUGCUGAAGCUUCUUUACGGAGAUUUAGUACCUACAAUGGGGAUGAUACGUAAGAACUCGCACUUGCGUAUUGGUCGUUACCAUCAGCAUUUACAUGAGCUCUUGGAUUUAGAUCUCUCACCACUCGAGUACAUGAUGAAGGAGUUCCCAGAAGUAAGGGAACGGGAGGAAAUGCGGAAAAUAAUUGGAAGAUAUGGUUUAACUGGUAGACAGCAGGUCUGUCCCAUGCGCCAGCUCUCAGAUGGACAGCGUUGUCGCGUCGUAUUCGCCUGGCUUGCUUGGCAAACUCCACACCUUUUGCUGAUGGACGAACCUACUAACCAUCUUGAUAUGGAAACCAUUGACGCGUUGGCUGAUGCCAUCAACGACUUUGAUGGUGGAAUUGUGCUAGUUAGCCACGAUUUCAGACUCAUCAAUCAGGUGGCUGAAGAAAUUUGGAUAUGCGAGAAAGGAAGUGCAACUAAAUGGCAGGGUGGUAUAUUAAAGUAUAAGGAUCAUCUCAAGUCGAAAAUCCUAAAGGACAAUGCUGACAACGCUGCUAAAAUGCGAAAAUAAGUGCAGAUAUUUAUUGUGUUGAUACCUUCGAUUGAUUUUAUAUUAGAAUAAUUUUUAACUCAAUUUUAACCACCAGGAUAGAAUAUGUUUUAUUUAAAUCAUGUUCUACCGGUACUAUAGGAAACUGAAUAGUGUAUUUUAAAUUCAUUUUACAAAACCUAUUUAUUUUAAUGAAACAAAAAAAUUUAUCUUGCAUGUAUGACUUUUAACAAUUUUGAAAUCAAUAUUUAGGUUAUAACAUUGUAGUUUGCAAUAAUACUUAGGCAAUUUUUAUAGUAUAUUCAAAUUCAAAUAUUUUUAUUGUAAUAUACAUACACACUGUAUUCACAGCUCUACAUUGUUGUUGAAUUGCAUUGAAAUUUCAUAUGUUUUACUUGCACAUUGUCUGUAAGCACAGCUUUUAGUAGAAUGACGCUUAUGAUGUUGGUCUCACUGAAGCCAGUCUAAAUAUUGAAACCGACUCAAGUAUUUCUUAUUUUAUUAAGCUUUUAAAUCAACCAAUAAAAUUUAUCUUUUAAAACAUUUUUAACUGUAUCAUGGAUUCUAUGUAAAUAUGAUGAAUUAAAUUGAGCACCAAGGGUGGUAGUCGGACCUGAAACCAUUCGAUUCAUCCACAUUCACUUUGUGAGCUUUUUAAGCGUUUCUAUUACAAGCACACACUUUCCCUAUAGUAAAUUUUCAUUUAGAUAACUCGCAUUGUUAUUACAAGUUUAAUGUAUAUGCUAAAUUACUACCAAAUACAAUUCUUUUUGUCUUUAUAAUUAACCAAAGUACACUUGUAUCUCUCUCUAAAUAUUUCGAACUAUGGUCACAAAAUUCAUAAAUUGCUUAGUUAAAAUAGUGAAAAUGUCAUCAGUAGUUAAAAUACCGAUUGGAUCAAUACAGCUUGUCAAAUUGUGUUUAUAACUGACCAAUUAGGUGUGAUCAAUAUUGGAUGUUAAUUGAUCAUAAAAUGUAGCAUAUUAUAAUACUUGUAGUAAUUCAAUAAAGUUAUCAAGCAAAA